UUUGGUGAAUUCAAACUCACAUUCGGCGCGCAACCUAGCGGAAAUUGUAGCAAUUACAGCCUGUGAGCUUGUGUUUUUUGAAGAGUUUUUGACACUUGUCGUGAAUUUUCGCAUUUCACGCAAUUUUCACGCCCAAAACUACAAGCAAUACACCAUUCUGCGUCUCAAUCACAUCUCUCAGCAGCUGGUGACAUUAUGAGUUCGGAAGAUGCCACAGACGCUCCAGUUGAGCAGCAGCCAAAUCCCCGGGAACUAGAGAAACUGGAGGAGGAGAAGCUGAAGGCGAAGUAUCCAGCAGCGGCGGCUCAUCGCGGUCCCGGUGGACACUCUGCAUUUCUCCAGAAGCGACUGCAAAAGGGGCAAAAGUACUUUGAUUCCGGCGACUAUCAGAUGGCAAAGCAGAAGGGCGGCGGCAUAAAGCAGGUGUUCGCCAACAAAGUCCCCACGGGAGAAGCCAUUCCAACGCCAGAAACGGUGCCCGCCCGGAAGACAUCGAUCAUCCAGCAGUGCAACAAGUUCCAGACCAGCUAAUCAGCCCCUCACCCAGAGCGCCCCUCCUUCUCCGUAUAAUCUACCUUUCUCCGUUUGGCUUCAGCUGGCGUCUCCUGACCUCGAGGACGCGCCGAGGUUCCAGGCAAAAUUUAAUUUUGGGGGAAGCGAGAGAGAGAGAGAGAAAAUUAAGUGUUUUACCAGAAGCGAUCUGAGAGGGAUAGUUUUAGCGAUGUUGUACCAUUGAGGCACACUUUCUGU